AGCGGCGAGCGAGCACACCCCGCGGCUUUGGUUUUGCUUGACAUCGAUACGGAAAAUUCUAGUGCUAAUUGUGAAAUCUAAAUCACCGGCAAGAUGCGUAUGCACUUUUGCGGCUGCCCCGCCCUGCUGGCUGACGGCAGCACCGACUUCGGGCCACGAAUCGUCGGAGAGAGUGGCGUGUGGGACCAGCCCUGCGUCUCCUUCGCUCCGGACGAGGUGCCGCUCCCGCUGUACCAGCACGGCAAGCACCUGGACUACCGCGCCAACAAGCUGUCCAUGAAGUGCGCGUGCUUGGCGCGAAACUGGGACAAGUUCAAAAGCAAGCUGCCCUCCUUGCCGGGGAAUUCCCUGUUCAUCCCCAGCACCAACGACUUCCACUUCGUCAACUACAGGCUGCAGUACCUCCCGGAACGCCACCCGAACCCCAAGAUGCACCUGAAGGACGGGCCGCUGCUGGACCGGUGGUCGCAGCUCCCUAUUUGCGCCGACUUCCACCACAGAUACCGGGCGCCCCUAGGCGGUCCCCGCGGUCGUCGCCCGCGGACCUAACGCCCGACAACUCAGCGGACUGGCCAUUAAAAG